GACGCCUUUUCCGGUUUGCGUCUCGCGCGGCAAACACGGCGCCGAAGAACAAGUUAAGAGUUGCGUCAAAGUUGCCGUUUCUCUUCCAGAAAUUAAGUGAUGGCCUCCACCGCGAAAGCGCCGCUGCAGUCCAGAAACUUACCCUGGGUGGAAAAAUACCGACCGCAGAAACUAGACGACCUGAUCUCACACAAAGACAUCCUGACUACCAUCCAGAAGUUCAUCAGCGAGGACCGGCUGCCACAUCUGCUAUUCUACGGGCCCCCCGGGACCGGCAAGACGUCUACCAUUUUAGCCUGCGCCAGGCAGCUGUACAAGGGCAAAGAGUUCAACUCCAUGGUUCUGGAGCUCAACGCGUCGGACGACCGAGGCAUCGACGUGGUGCGAGGGCCCGUCCUGAGCUUUGCUAGCACGAGAACCAUCUUCAAGAAAGGCUUCAAGUUGGUGAUACUGGACGAAGCCGACGCCAUGACGCAGGACGCCCAGAAUGCAUUGCGGCGAGUGAUGGAGAAGUACACGGAGAACACUCGCUUCUGCCUGAUCUGCAACUACCUGUCCAAAAUCAUCCCGGCGCUGCAGUCCCGCUGCACGCGCUUCCGCUUCGGCCCGCUGUCGCCCGAUCAGAUGAUACCCAGGCUGCAGCAUGUCAUCCAGCAGGAGAGCAUCGACGUCACUCCCGAUGGAAUGAAGGCGUUGGUCACCUUGUCGUCGGGCGACAUGCGAAGAUCCCUCAACAUCCUACAGAGCACCAGCAUGGCGUACGGCCGCGUGAGCGAGGAUACGGUGUACACGUGCACGGGACAGCCGCUGCGCUCGGACAUCGCCAACAUCCUCGACUGGUCGCUCAAUAAAGACUUCAGCACCGCCUACAAGCAGAUCCUGGAGCUGAAGACGUUGAAAGGUUUGGCGCUGCAAGACAUCCUCACUCAAGUCCACCUGCUCAUCCACAGAGUGGACUUCCCGCCUUCGGUGCGAAUGAAUCUGCUCAUCAAGCUGGCCGACGUGGAGCAUCGGCUGGCAUCGGGCACCAAUGAGAAGAUCCAGCUGAGCUCCAUGGUGGCGGCGUUCCAGGUGGCGCGCAACCUGGUGGUGAGCGAGGCCCAGUGAUGGCGCGGUGGACAGUCCGACUCCCGCCAGACGCUUAAGGUCAGCCUCAUUAACCUUUGCUCACGCACGGCAAUAAAUGGGAACAAAAGUGUGCCGAACUGAAGGAGGUUAUUUUUUUUAUUUUAUUUUUUUUUUUUUGAGCGCAUUUGUCAACACGUGUCCACCUAAAUUAAUUUGCCUACGUUUCCUGAUUGUCAAAAAAAAAAAGUCCAAUCUUUCCUCAACUUUUCCUGUAUUAAAUGUAUCACUUUUUUCCCUACAA